CCUUUCGUGACGCGUUGUGUCGCAGGGCGGGGUUUCCAUUUUCACUGCGAGUUUCGGGGAACAAACAUGGAGCCGGAGAUGGAGGACAAAACCUUAGAGCUGAUGAACAUCUCUGUCAUGGACUCGCAGACUGCAGACCGCUCCCCAAAGAUCACAGUGAUUAAGCCUACUUUUAUCUGUCCUCAGGUGAGUAAUGGACCCUUGACAGGCUCUAGGAAGCGGCCGUCAGAGGGAAAUUACGAGAAGGAGAAGGACGUGUGCAUCCAGCUCUUUGAUCAGUGGUCUGAGGCGGACCAGGUGGAGUUUGUGGAACACCUGAUCUCACGAAUGUGCCAUUACCAACAUGGCCACAUAAACUCCUACCUCAAACCCAUGCUCCAAAGGGACUUCAUUACGGCACUGCCAGCUCAGGGUCUGGAUCAUAUAGCGGAGAACAUCUUGUCCUUCCUGGACGCACGCUCGCUUUGUUCGGCUGAGCUGGUGUGUAAAGAAUGGCAGCGUGUGAUAUCCGAAGGCAUGUUAUGGAAGAAGCUGAUCGAGAGGAUGGUUCGGACAGACCCACUGUGGAAGGGCCUUUCAGAGAGACACCAGUGGGAAAAAUACCUGUUCAAGAACCGCACAACAGAAGUUCCUCCAAACUCAUACUACCGCUCUCUUUAUCCAAAAAUCAUUCAGGACAUUGAGACCAUCGAGGCAAACUGGAGGUGUGGCCGACAUAACCUGCAGAGGAUCCAGUGUAGGUCGGAGAACAGCAAAGGUGUUUACUGUCUCCAGUAUGAUGACGAAAAGAUCAUCAGCGGUCUACGCGAUAACUCCAUCAAGAUAUGGGAUAAACAGACUCUGGAGUGUUUGAAGAUCCUUACGGGGCACACAGGCUCUGUGCUGUGUCUGCAAUACGAUGAGAGAGUCAUUGUUACCGGCUCCUCUGAUUCCACUGUCAGAGUGUGGGAUGUGAACUCGGGGGAGGUUCUGAACACUUUGAUCCAUCACAACGAGGCUGUGCUCCACCUGCGAUUCUGUAACGGGCUGAUGGUCACCUGCUCGAAGGAUCGCUCCAUCGCCGUGUGGGACAUGGCCUCUCCUACUGACAUCAGUCUCCGCCGGGUCCUCGUCGGACACAGGGCUGCCGUCAAUGUGGUCGACUUUGACGACAAGUACAUUGUCUCUGCCUCUGGGGAUCGGACCAUAAAGGUGUGGAGUACAAGCACCUGUGAGUUUGUUCGGACACUAAAUGGUCAUAAGCGAGGAAUUGCCUGCCUGCAGUACAGAGACAGACUUGUGGUCAGCGGCUCCUCAGACAACACCAUCAGGCUGUGGGAUAUUGAGUGUGGAGCUUGCUUGCGGGUUUUGGAAGGGCACGAGGAACUUGUUCGCUGUAUUCGCUUUGAUAACAAGCGGAUCGUGAGUGGAGCGUAUGACGGUAAAAUUAAAGUAUGGGACCUACAAGCUGCUCUCGAUCCACGAGCCCCAGCCAGCACUCUGUGCCUACGUACACUAGUGGAACAUUCUGGCCGAGUGUUCCGGCUCCAAUUCGAUGAGUUCCAGAUCAUCAGCAGUUCCCACGAUGACACUAUCCUUAUCUGGGACUUCCUCAAUGUGUUGACCAACGGGCAGACGGAAGGACGAUCGCCAUCCCGCACGUAUACCUACAUAUCCAGAUAGCAGGGAAGCCUUGGUGGCAUGCGGAGUGUGUGCGAGUGUGUGUGGGGACUGUUCGGGUGACCCAGUCUCUGUGGAAGUGUGCCAGGAUCAAAGGUUGAGGAACGCCACCACCACCCCCCCUCAACUUCACCCUCCUCUCUCCAUCUGUCCAUUUUAUUUCUCCCCCUCUUCAGUCGUUUUGAGGGCCGCCCCACAACACAAACUGCGUCAGUUCUCUUUCUCCCUCUCUGUGGAGGAGGAGGCGGAGAAAAGAUGGAGAGAGCAAUGCCAUUAAGCAGAGAACGUAAGGGUGGGCGUGGAGCCCCCCUCACCCCUGCCACUGCGUACAGAGUGACCGCUGCCCCGGCUCCACCCCCUGGGCCCAUGAACUCUGUAUCUAUCUUUUGUUUGUUUUUAUUUUUAUUGAUUAAACCAGAAAAAUGAAAAACUAAAGGGAGAAGGCAAGGUGUGAGUGCCUUCCUUCCCUCAGGACUGUUCUGCAUGAAUGAUUGAGCGAUGGGACGUGGAAUGUGUGCUGGUCAACCCCUCGGUUUCUGUCUUACGUUUUUUUGUUUUUUUAUGCUUUUCCCUUUUUUUUUUUCUUUUUUUUUUUUUAAGUUGGGAAAUUGACUUCAUAUUUUCUUUUGUUGUGAAAUUGUAUGAAUAAUUGUAGUUUUUUGACUCUUCUCCUGAUAUGUCCCUCCAUUUCUCAUUUUUAGCUCUGUCCGUCUCGUUCCCCUUUUCACUGUCUGCUCGUCUAGGUUCUGAAUGACCCAUAACUGAUCUGAAUUUAGUUGUAAACAGAAUCGUCUCGUCUAAAAUGGUGUUGUAUAUUGCAAAGAUUUUUUUAAAGAAAAAAAAAAGCGUUAUUAAUAAGAAUAAAGUACUUGACUGUGAAGGAGUGUUAAGAAGCUUGCA